UAUCACACGAAAGAGAGAUAAACGGAAAAGACGCAACGAAACUCAGGAGAGAGAGAGAGUGUGUGUACUGCAGCAUUGCGCUGGUCUACUCGGUUAUCUGUCUCCAUCUGGCUGCCAUCUGUGUCUCUGGCUCUGGCCUUUGCCACACUGGAGCUCACAUAUGUGGGAAUGCAAACACAUGCCUGACAUAUGAAGGCGUGGAGUCACAGAAAGAGACAAAAAGGAACGGAUAAGAGAGCAAAACCCUGCAACUGCAGCUGACUUUCUCAAAGGACUGAAGAGUGGACUCUACUAGAGUGGAGACAGUAGAGAGAAGAAGAGCCCUGCCAUGCCCGGUUCUCCUGUGGAUGCUAAGACUCAUUCCAGAUCAGCCCCCAGCAGCAGCGCCAGCUCCACUAUGCCACCCCUGCCUUCUGUCAACCCCAGCGGCCCUCGUCCGGCCUCCUUUUCCACCACAGCAUUGACCAAUGGGAAUCAUCAUUCCCCACCAACCUUGAAUGCAGUGCCGUCUCCACCGCAGCGAUACAGCAACGGUCCAUCCUCUUCCUCUUCCUCAUCGCUGGCCAACCAACAGCUGCCAGCCACCUGUGGGGCACGCCAGCUGAGCAAGCUGAAACGUUUCCUGACCACGCUGCAGCAGUUUGGCAACGACAUCUCUCCUGAGAUUGGAGACAGCGUCAGAAGCCUAGUCCUGGCCCUUGUGAAUUCAACGGUUACCAUUGAAGAGUUUCACUCGCGGCUUCAGGAGGCUACCAACUUUCCCUUACGGCCCUUUGUUAUUCCUUUUCUCAAGGCAAACCUUCCUCUGCUGCAGAGAGAGCUGCUCCACUGUGCACGGGCAGCCAAACAGACCCCAGCCCAGUACCUGUCCCAGCAUGAGCACCUCCUGUUAAGCACCACCCUGGCCUCCUCUCCAGACUCCUCUGAGCUGCUGAUGGAGCCUAAUGAAACUGGUACCAAGAGACACAGCCCCAGCAGGGGUAAAGAGAAUGGUUUCCAUGAACGUCCAUCUGUAGCCAUGGAGCCCGCUGCAAAACGGAUUUGUACCAUCAGCCCUGCUCCACGACACAGCCCCGCCCACCCGCUGCCUCUGAGCACCCAGCUUCACCCGACCCCUCCACCCUUGCAGCACUACGCCCUGGAUGACAUCGCAACGCCGCACAUUCUGCACCGUGAGCACAGCCAACGUAUGCUGGAGAUCCGCGAGCUCAAAGACAGGCCCAGACUCCCUGGCACUAACGGGGGAUACCGCGAGGAGCCAGUGGACCACAGACUGACAGACAGAGAAUGGGCUGAUGAAUGGCGGCAUCUGGACCACGUGUUGAACUCCAUUGUUGACAUGGUGGAAAAGACAAGGAGGUCAGUGAGUGUGCUCAGACGAUGCCAGGAAUCAGAUCGCGAGGAGCUCAACUACUGGAGACGACGCUCAAGUGAGCAGGAGGACCCUCGCAAAGGAGGCUCAGGCUCCGCUCCCUUCUCCAAGACGCACAGCCCCCACUCUGCAGAGUCGGGUGAGUACAAGUCCCAGCGCGACUUUGCCCCACGGCCAGGCUCAGCAUACGUUACAGAUGAGAUCUGGAGAAAAGCUGAAGAGGCGGUAAAUGAGGUAAAGCGUCAGGCCAUGGAUGAGGUACAGAAAGCAGUGGCAGAGGCUGAGCAGAAAGCUUUUGAAAUGAUUGCUUCUGAGAGGGCUAAGAUGGAAAAGACUCUGGCUGAUGCAAAGAGGAAGGCCCAAGAGGAUGCCAUCAUGGUCAUCAAUGAACAGGAGGACUCCAGUGAGUGUUGCUGGAAUUGUGGCCGCAAAGCUAGUGAGACAUGCAGCGGCUGCAACGCCGCUCGCUACUGUGGCUCUUUCUGCCAGCAUAAAGACUGGGAGAGGCAUCACCUCAUCUGCAGCCCAGGGCUUCAGGCUCAACCCAAACCAGUUUCUGCCCCUGACAGUGUGCCAUCAGUCUCCAGUCCUGGUGGAGAAAAAGCUUUGGUUGCUUCUCGCUCCUCCACCCCUUCCACCCCCGCCUCAGCCCCUGAGACCAACGGACACUAG